AUGUCUGCUCGUCUCCAGUCUCUGCGCUCCACGUCAAACACAGCUCCGACUGAUACUGCUUCUUCUGACAAACGUCUGGCUGCGUCCGCUAGCCCUCGAGUCAACCGCAAGCGAGGAGUGUCCCAAGUAGAACCUCCAAACCCAGCCACUCAGCCAAGCACUGCGACCACAAACGCUACAACGAAAAAACCACGCACCACAGAUGACGACGGCCAAGUUGAGCCUGCAGGUCAGGCUCCUAAUCAUUCUGCUGGCGCAAGCAAGCGGACUCGCUCGUCAAAUAACGAGCAUCCCGCAUUACGGCCUGGCGUGUUGACGAAGCUUUACGAGCCGCGAGAGGAGAUUGCAGCGAGGGCGGCAGGGAGACGAGCUGAAGGCGAGGUGAAGAAAGAGACGAAGAAAGCAGAGCAGCUAGAGAAGAAAAAGAAGGAGGAGACUGGGAAGAUGAAGAUCGCAGCUGCAAUGAAUGCGAGUGAGCGAGAGAUGAGGGAGCGAGACGAGAAGAGCAGGCUGCCGUUUGGUGGGAAUGUCGAGGUGCGAGCGUUUAACGGAGGGUUCGACGCUCACGCCGGCGUGCGAAAGGAUUCCACAAGCGCUCAAACCGCCCCGUUGACCGCCACUGAGAAGAAAAAGUUGCGUACGCAGAACUUCCUCACCGACAUCUCCGAGUAUCGACAGAGGGAAGAUGGUGUCGAUGCGCCGAAGACUCCGUCCUCUACGCCAACGAAUCGUCCACGCAGUAACCCAUCGGCCACGACUCAGCCUAAGAAGACCCUCAAUAGCGACUGGCGUCUGAAUAUACAGCCUCUUCAGCGAGACAACCACCUAGGUGCAGCAACCCCAUUGACAAGCAAGACAGGGUCGGCAAGCAAAGCGAAGGAUAAGAAACCGGCGAAAGAGAAGGCGAAGGGCACAAAGGGAAAGGCGAGGGCAGUUGAAGAGUCGGAGGAUGACGAUAAAGAUGGUGCGCUCAGAGAGAAGGAAUCUGGGAUCGAGGAUGAGGCAGUCGAGAGGUUUCCCGGAGGUACAUCCGGGCUUGAUCAGUUUCAGGUCAACAUCCUCGAAGUAGACAACGACACUCUCAAGCCCAAGACAGAGUCGAAGGCCAAGAAGAACAAGAGCGAUCGUCGCCCGAAGUCGGUUGUUUCAGCGAAAGAGUCUCUCGCUUUGGAGACUAUGCCACAGUGGGCACAAGAUAAUUGGUGGAAGCUGAGGGCGACCAUCUGCGACACAUACGGUGAAGACAGUCGUCCGUGGAAGCUCGGUCAGGGAAAUGACUGUCGGUUUGUUGCCGACGUCGAAGCUGCAGUCCGUAAUGCCGUACCUAGCGAAGCGGACUUCAAGGUGACUUCGACUAGCGACAAAGUAUAUCGCCGAUGCCGGCAGGCCAUAUACGAGUGGCGCGAACACUUCUACCUUGCCGCUACCGAGCUGGCCAACAAGAACUUGGGCGAAGUGCUUGAUGAGUUGGGUACCGAGAAAAUGAAGGUCUGGGUACGCAACGCUCUUUCGCCGGACAGUGGGGCAGCAUACUGGUCAGCUCCUGGUACCGAGGAUAAACGUGCGCGAGGUUCUCUGCGCUCCGAGUACAUCGUAGAGGCAUUAGCCACUCACCUCAAGAACAUCAAGGGCUCUGCCCGGCCGUACACGGAUAAGUACCCAACUGGGGCCUUAGCUUUAUCUUGUGCAGCCGUGCAACGCUGUUUUGAAGCUUGGCUUCCGGGAGUCAAGCCUGACGCUUACCCUCCAUUCUCGAAACAGAAUGUAAGCGACCUUGUAGAGCAGUAUGCUAACGGUCCGAGCAUCCAGGCUCUUGUCGACAAGCCGCAUCGCUUCGACGAUCUCAUCCAGACGGCUUUCGAGCGGCUUUCGGCACCCGAACCCCCUUCCAAGUCCAUCCCAGAUCGUAUGAAGGCAUCGACUCACAAGGCCGCAGUCGUGAUAGAGCCGAGUAGCGACGCCGAGCCCGAUGAAGAUGACGUCGGAGAGGUUGAAGAUGGGUGGGUGAAAAGGAGAGAUGUAGAGAGUGAUGGCAGUGAUGUGAAUAUGCAUGAUGGUGACGACGACACUGAGGAGAGAGUGCAUGCGGGUGGCGGAGAUAUCACGGUAAAGGCAGAGGAUCUUGGUGAGGAAUAUGGGUUUCCGGGAGGCUUGUUUUAUGACGACGAUGAUCUAAGUGGCCCACCGAGUGUUGAUACGAGCGCGUUGACUCUCGAGGUCGACGGACUCGAGAUUAUUUCUCUGCCAAUCACCCGCGAUGGCUCUUUAGAGCCACAACAGAAUUCCCGAGGUCCACCUUCGCCCUCCUCGGCCUCCGUCCUUUCUCUCGAUUAG